GUCGCAGCAACACCUAAAAUCAGUAGCAAAAUGAACAUGGCAGCCAAAACACACAAGAUCAGCAACUAYGCAUGCGCCGGCGGUAGUGAGUUAUUUGUAAAUGAAAGGCCAAAWACACACAGCAAUCGAGAAGGAACKGCUACAGUGAAAAUACCACAUAUUACGUCACGUAAAAUACGUGAACGAUUGAUACAUUUGCUGGCAUUUAAGGCCUACACAAGAAUCGAAUUAAAUGCAAUCUUAAAGCGAGAAGGAUCACGGGAUUGUGAGCGCCGAGUUAUGGGUACUGUGCUUAAAGAUAUAGCACAGCUACGCCAAAACACAUACACUUUGCGUUCACGGAUGUGGAAGGAAGUGGACGAAAACUGGCCUUAUGUAACUAAGGAACAGCAGCAGCAACUGAGGUGGCUCAAAGAGCAGAAUUCACGACCGCCAAACAGUUCGGACGAUGUAACCUCCGUUUCCAGCUGCAGUCCACCACAAUUGGAAGAAAGCGAUCCACUAAGARCAGGUGACACACUGAAGCGCCCAUKUGAGAAUAACYAUGAGCCACAAACGAGAAAGCAAAGGAAAACAGAGCAUACAGUCGACAAUAAAUGUUUGGAUAAACAGCAGACGAACUGCAAACAGCCUGAAAUACACGCGCUCCCGUGCGCAAAUGCCGCACAACUCGAUAACUACGAUUUCAGUGAAUAUACCGAGAUCACAUGUGGUGAGCAGCGUCAACAGUAUAAGGCAGCAUUUGAUCAAGACUAUGAAGAAUAUAYGGUACUCUUUCAGCAGAUGGGAGCGUUGGAACGCAGUUUCGGCGAACUUGGCGGAAUAUAUCUUACAGCGUUACGAAACGGCUCUGACCGCCAGAGCAUUACAAAGCGUAUAGUGGCCGCCCAUAAUAUCAUCUCUAGCCAGGAGAGUUGUAAGCGCCAGCAGCGUCGCGAUUAUUUACACGCCAAACUAGCACAUAUCAAAAACCUUAUAACGGUCUAUGAUAGAAAAUGUGCAAAAGAGGCACUGUCUCUAGCACUGGCAAUGUCUAAGCAAUAUGUGUCGAGACAAGAACAUCUGAACGCUGAAAUAGCGGUACCGCUCAUAAACGGCAAUGAGACAUCAACCCCUACUAUGCAGUUCCCACCCACAAAUUAUGAAAGAGUUUCCGAUUUGACCAAAAUAGAUUUUCUGGGCACCGAUUUGGCGCUGUCGGAGAGCGACAGUGAUGAUGACUGA